GUCGACACUGUGGCUUGGCAGUUUGAAGUCAAAAUGUCGCUAUCUUGAAGAUCAUGAACGCUUUUCUUUUUUUGUGUUCUAUGGUCCGCUGGUACUAGGCAUCAAGGUUUACUGACUUUACCCGUCACGUCCACUCUGCCUAGAAUUCCACCCUGGAUACCGUGGAUCCUUAUUCCACCCACACACCCCCUUUGUCAUUGCCCCUGAUGUACAUCAGGUCCGGAACCUACUAUGGACCAGCCGGUUUCUUGGUUUCUUGGGUUACCCUCUUAUCACUCUCCCACGUCUCGAUAUGGGGGCAUCGCAGCUCCACAAUCCAUUUCUGGGUCAAUCAGAGUUCCUCAGCCUCUGGCGCAUCGCCUGGUCCAACCGCAGUUGCGUCUCAUUCUUUUCUCGUCAUUCUUGGCUUGAUGAUAGACGAGAUGAGGGAGUGUCGGCCCAAGACUGCGCUGUCCUAUGAUUUCAGCAUGUGGGGGACAGUAUAUCUAUGGCCUGUUCCACCGGAAUCUGUCACUUUUUGGUCCAACAGACUUCAAUUGGAUCAAUUGCAUCCAUCCCACCUCUUCUCAUCUCACUUGUGUGACAAUCUGAUUCAGAUAAACGUUUCAAUUGAAAUUCUAUUUUGCUUGGACAGACUCAUCUGUUGAUCUCUGUGAUAUAAGUUACUUUCCUUGAGACCCAGAAUAUCAUUCCAAUCCAUUCUUCAUCAUCAUCUUCUUCUGGGUUAUAA